GCCACCUCCUCACCCCACCCACCCGGCCCAGCCUCCAGCCUCUUCCCCCAGUCCUCUGUGGGACUUUGCAGUUGGACACCAUGGGAACCCCAAAUGACCAGGCCGUAUUGCAGGCUAUCUUCAACCCCAACACCCCAUUUGGAGACAUCCUUGGGGUGGACCUGGGAGAGGAAACAGAGCAGGACCGAGAUGAAGACGCGGUCUUCCCUCCAGCACGGCUAGAGCAGUGCAAGGCCCUGGAGCUGCAGGGUGUGAGAGCCGCAGAAGCUGGGGACCUCAGCACAGCCCUGGAGAGGUUUGGCCAAGCCAUCGCCCUGCUUCCAGAGAGAGCUUCAGCCUACAACAACCGGGCCCAGGCCCGGCGGCUCCAGGGCGAUGUGGCAGGCGCCCUGGAGGACCUGGAGCGCGCCGUGGCGCUGAGCGGAGGACGCGGCCGCGCCGCCCGCCAAGGCUUCGUGCAGCGCGGGCUCCUGGCGCGGCUGCAGGGCCGGGACGACGACGCCAGCAGGGACUUCGAGCGCGCCGUGCAGCUGGGUAGCUCCUUCGCGCGGCGCCAGCUGGUGCUGCUCAACCCGUACGCCGCGCUGUGCAACCGCAUGCUGGCCGACAUGAUGGGGCAGCUGCGCGGCCCCGACAACGGACGCUGAGCGCGCGGGCGGGUCUGGGGGCCUGAACCAAUAAAGCUGCCGAGCUGA